UCUACUGCCUUUGAUCCUGUCUACAAUCAGCGCCAUCUAGUGCAGCGGCGAUAGCACGCACGAUGUUUUCGACCGUGGCUGGCGCCGCUCUGUUUUAUCGAGCGGUGUCGCCAAUCAGAAAGCCUGCAUUUACCGACUUUUGACAGUGACGUCUUAAAUGUCACUCACAUUUUUUUCUUCCCUACAAUUUUUGUAAAACCUGUACCUACAUGUAUAAAAAAUAAACGCACUAGUUACUGGAAAAAUAAUAAAGCAAAUUCAUUGAAACACACACAAGAAUCCCGAACAAAUUUGGACCUUCAGACCCGGAUCUUCAGCAGAAUCAGCAUUGGCAGUCACGUCUUCGCAGCCACAUGUGCAGCGGCCACAUUGCCACGAGCACGACAUUGCAGUUAAAACUGUAAGUACUUGAUUCCUUUCUCCUGUAAAUCACCAAUAUGACUGAAAAGGGGCAGUCCCUAGAUAUAGAAAGUAGUGAAGAUCUUAUUCGUGAUUUAGUGAAAAAACGAGGUGUAGUUAAAAGAAAGUUCACAUUGUUUCUCAAAUAUGUGCAAUCUUUGGACGAGUCAAACUUAACAGCAACUCAGAAGUUAGAAUUGGAGGAGCGUUAUCAAAGAGAUAAAAUCUUGUUUGAUACAUUUUCUGAAAUUCAAGACGAGAUAGAUGUGGCUGUGUCAGAGUGUCAAUUAGAUAAAGAAUUACAGGAGAGAGCGUUUCAAGACCAAUAUUAUGCUAUUGUGGCUAAAUGUAAAUGUGUUCUUAAAGAUUCCAGUAGUCAAUCCGUUCAGAGUCAAGCACAAAGUCAAAGUCGCAUUAACGGUGUAAAACUACCAACUAUUUCUUUACCAACCUUCGAUGGUUCGUAUGACCAAUGGCUCGAAUUUCGAGAUACUUAUAUGUCUAUUAUUCACAACAGUAAUAAUUUAGAAAAUGUGCAGAAAUUUCAUUACUUACGUUCCGUCCUUACAGGCAACGCCCUACAAGUCAUUAAGUCGCUGGAGUUUUCAGCUGAUAAUUAUUUAGUAGCUUGGGGUCUUUUAGAAAACAGAUACAAUAAUAACCGUCUGUUAGUUCAUAAUCAUGUGAAGGCAAUAUUUUCAGCGCAGUCAAUGUCUAAAGAAUCAGCUGCUCAAAUCCGUAAAUUAAUUGACACAAUGUUACGUAAUAUUCGUGCACUUAAAACUUUAGGAGAACCCACUGAUACAUGGGAUACAUUAAUUAUUCACAUAAUAGUUUCAAAACUAGAUUCGUCAACUGAGCGUGAGUGGGAACUUCAUAAAAGUAAUUCCACGAACAGUUCUGUCGAUAAAAAAAUGUUGCUGUCAGAUUUAUUAACAUUUCUGAAAGAUCGAGCUGAUUUUCUAGAAACUGUGAAGCCUUCGCAGAAUAAGCCAGCCACGAUAGACAAUAAUAAUAAUACUCACACAAAGAAGUCGUUAUCAGUAAAAUCACACAGUUAUGUUGCAACACAAAAGGAUAGCAAAGGUCAAACAAUUCAAAACGUUACAAAUGUAAUAUGUGUGGUUCCAAUCAUCCCAUUUAUUCAUGUGAAGAGUUCCUUAAUUUAUCGCUUCGGGAUAAACUACGUAUCAUUGAAGAAAAGGUUUAUGUGUUAAUUGUUUACGCAUAGGUCACGCAGUUAACGAAUGUUGGUUCGGACCGUGCAAGCAUUGUAAUAAGAAGCAUAACACAUUAAUUCACGACCCUUCAGUAAACACUUGUACAUCAUCAGCAGUGGCGCAUAUCACACAAAAGUCUCACCCUGAACCUAGUACAAGUGACGCACACACGCAGUUAGCUCACACCACUUCUCAUAAA